UGCCUGCCUAAAAUCCCAAAAUCCCAAUUUCUUCUUCAUAGUUCUAACAAACAAAUCCAUCCAAAAACACAGCGAAAUAGUCGCGGUAUCGCCAUGGAAGACGACCACCAACAACAGAAGAGAGAAGGCGACCUCUCGCUUCUUCCUCGGCAACCUUCCCAAACCACCACCACCACCAACGGUGGCGAUGGCGCGGGAGAGAAGAGAGUUCCGAAGCGGUUCGUGAAGAGCCAAAUCCCAGACUCCAUCCUUAACGACCCCGACCUCAACGCCGCCGUAGCCCUCCUUCCUCCCAACUACAACUUCGAAAUCCACAAAUGCGUCUGGCGCGUGCGCUCCACUUCCGCCUCGCGCGUCGCCCUCCAGCUCCCCGAGGGCCUCCUCAUGUACUCCCUCGCCCUCUCCGACAUCAUCUCCACCUUCGGCGGCGCCACCCACUGCUUCGUCCUCGGCGACGUAACCUACGGCGCUUGCUGCGUCGACGACCUCGCCGCCUCCGCCCUCUCCACCGACCUCCUCAUCCACUACGGCCACAGCUGCCUCGUCCCCGUCAACGUCACCGCCGUCCCCUGCCUCUACGUCUUCGUCGAUGUCUCCAUCGACGUCGAUCUCUUAAUCCGCACCGUCGAUCUCAACGUUCCCCGAUCCUCCAACGUCGUCCUCGCCGGAACUAUCCAGUUCGCCUCAGCGAUCCGAUCGGCCAAGCCGGACCUCGAACGCCGCGGAUUUACCAUCCUGAUCCCCCAAUCGAAGCCGUUAUCCGCCGGCGAAGUUCUCGGAUGCACCGCGCCGAAGGUCUCCUCCUCUUCCUUUCCGAAAUUCAACAAUGGCGGAAACGAGACCGAGACCGAGACGGUGGUGGUGUUCGUUGCCGACGGGAGAUUCCAUUUGGAAGCGAUGAUGAUCGCGAAUCCGGGAAUCAAAACCUUCCGGUACGAUCCUUACCUAGGGAAGCUGUUCUUGGAGGAGUACGAUCAGAGAGGGAUGAGAGAGUCGAGAAAAGACGCCAUCUUGAAAACGAAGGAGGCGAAGAAUUGGGGGAUCAUAUUGGGCACAUUGGGAAGGCAAGGGAAUCCGAGGAUUCUGGAGAGAUUGGAAAGGAAAAUGAGAGAGAAAGGCUUCUCUUACACCGUCGUUCUGAUGUCGGAGAUUAGUCCGGCGAGGAUCGGAUUGUUCGAGGACUCUGUGGAAGCUUGGAUCCAGAUUGCUUGCCCUAGGCUCUCCAUUGACUGGGGCGACGCGUUUAGGAAGCCGCUUCUGACGUCGUUCGAGGCCGAGAUUGCUUUAGGAUACAUUCCGGGAUGGUGGGAGAAGAAGGAUUCCGAUUGUUGUAACCGGAAAUGCUCGUCUUGCGGCUGCGGAAACGGAAUGUCGGAGUCGGAACGGGUUGGAGGAGAGUACCCCAUGGAUUACUAUGCUCAAGAUGGAGGGGAAUGGAAUUCAUCUUACGUGAAGAAGCCAUCACGCCCUGUUCGUCGUCUGGUCUAAUGGGUACAUGAAGAUACCCCCAUAAAGCAAAGUUCGGUGGAUAUCAGCAACCAUGCUGUAUUCAUUAUAUAACUAUAUAUCAGCACCAAGUAAAUGAAGAGAGCACAUAUUUGUUGUUAGGAAAGAUACCAAAAGCAAAGGUUGAAGAAACAACUGUUAGUCCCUUCUUUUCUUUCUUUUUUCAAUUUCACUUGAGGACUAAUUUCAUUAUGCAUUUUAAACUAUUCUUUUAUACAAUGAAAGAAUCAUAUAGAUCAUUAUGCAUUGGUGUUUUACUAUGCGUUCAGAAACUAGCAAGAGUUCUCUCAUUCCUUGAAUUAUUCAAUCUGAGUGCAAAUCCAAAUACUGAAUAUGUAAAUUUGACCUGAAAAAUCAACCCCAUAAAAUAUCUAUAAGAACAGGCAGUCUAUAAAUCGUAAACCUUCCGAUGUAUCUAAGGGACUUU